AAAGCAGAGCUAGCUCAAGAGUUUUCUUUUUUCGUGCGGCAUCGUUGCGCAUGCGUGGGCCCCAAGAAAGCGCCCGUUAAAGUUAAAUGAAAAUAAAAGUGAAAUCCUUAGCUAUCGAAACAGCCUAGUGGCAGGAUCGGAGCGAUCCGAAGACAACUCCAGAUCAUAAAAGUCUGGGAAAAAGCGAAAGUGAAAGAGUGAAAGUUCAUCCAUCCAUCCAUCCACCUAUCCUACUGGAAUGUCACUGCCUAGGCACUCGAAGGACACCUGGCUGCGGCUCUUGGUCGGUGUGGUUUGUGCUGGCUGUGCACUGGCCGGGGUCUCCGGACUUGGCUAUCCGAGUGCCCAGCAGGAGCAUGACAUGCUCAUACUGGACGCCCUCUCCCGACGCAGCGGCACCGGCUAUUAUGGCGAGAACAGCGUAAUGGAAAUGCUAUCCCGAAUGAUACCGCAAUCGUGCCGCUUUCGUGGCCACAAGUUCGAGUGCGGCCUGUCCAUCUCAUGUGUCUUGGGCGGCGGCAAGCCCCUGGAUCUGUGCUCUGGCGGCAUGAUCUGGUCGUGUUGUGUGGACAAAGACCUCGAUGCCGAGGAGAGUCCGCACGCCGCUCCAGUAAACAAUACAAGUGACAUAAUACACUUGCAUGACAUUUACCCCGAUAUGUCGCCGAACGCAAACAAGCCACAGCCACAGACGCAACAGCAGCAGCACCACCACCACCAGCACCACCACAUCGGCAGUGGCAACGGCCUAUCGACGGCCUCAUCCACAUCCUCCUCCGCAUCAGUCGGCCGGCCCUCCUUCCCCAGCAGCAGCAGCAGCAACAAUUACUACAGCACCAAGCGACCAACGCUAUACAGCGCCGCCAAUCCCUACAAGCCUGGCGGCAGUGGCUCCAACCAUCGUCCUUCGCCCACGCUGAAUAACUGGGAGCACGAGACAGGCCCUUUGGGAUCCAUCAAUGGCAUCACCAAUCAUCUGGACAGCUUCUUCGACGCCGAUGGGCCAUCACCAUUGGACUCGUCGGCAGGGCCGCAGCAGUCGCAGUCGCCACCACACGAGCUGUUGCCCAAUGCCCAGGCCUUUGCGGUGGGCAAUGUACUGGAUCUGAAUGCGGGCGAGGCGGCCGAUGAGUAUCAGAAUGGUGGAGGAUAUCACGAGUCCAGUUAUCGACCAGUGCCGGGCUGUGGUGAGGUGUACACCCGCUCCAAUCGCAUCGUGGGCGGCCACUCCACGGGAUUCGGCUCGCAUCCCUGGCAGGUGGCACUGAUCAAGAGCGGUUUCCUCACCCGAAAGCUGAGCUGCGGCGGCGCACUGAUCUCAAACCGUUGGGUGGUCACCGCCGCCCACUGUGUGGCCACCACCACCAACUCGAACAUGAAGAUACGGCUGGGCGAGUGGGAUGUGCGGGCGCAGGAGGAGCGACUGAACCACGAGGAGUACGGCAUUGAGCGGAAGGAGGUGCAUCCCCACUACAAUCCGGCGGACUUCAAGAACGACGUGGCUCUGAUACGGCUGGACCAUAAUGUGGUCUACAAGCAGCACAUCAUUCCCGUUUGCCUGCCGCCGGCAUCGACCAAGUUGACCGGCAAAAUGGCCACCGUGGCGGGAUGGGGUCGGACGCGGCACGGACAGAGUACGGUGCCGUCGGUGCUGCAGGAAGUGGAUGUGGAGGUCAUCUCCAAUGAUCGCUGUCAGCGCUGGUUCCGCGCUGCAGGACGCCGCGAGGCCAUCCACGAUGUGUUUCUGUGCGCCGGCUACAAGGAGGGUGGCCGGGACUCCUGCCAGGGCGACUCGGGUGGACCGCUCACCCUCACCAUGGAUGGCCGCAAGACGCUGAUCGGCCUGGUCUCCUGGGGAAUCGGCUGCGGACGGGAGCACCUGCCGGGCGUCUACACGAACAUCCAGCGCUUUGUGCCCUGGAUCAACAAGGUGAUGGCCAACGACAAUGCGUAGUGCACGGACUCUCGGCCCGCCCUUGGAUUAGGGGCACAAACUGAAUUGGAAGACUGCACGUGUCCGCGGAAGAGUUCUGCGGUUUUGUGUCCGUCGCUUUGCGGGAAUAUAGAUAGAGCGGCCCCAGCGUCCGCAUCACGGGAGCCCAGGCCAUGUGAUUCCUCUACGACUCGGGGUUGUUAGUGUGUAAGCCGAAGGUAGUCGCCAUCGCGGCCCUUAUAUUUAUUUUACUCUUACUCCAGUUCCCA